UGGUUCCUUUCCUCGAUCAUCAGGAAGGAAUUGGCAAGGGCAUGGUUAUGAACCAUCCAUGAUACCCAUAAGCUCAUUGCCUCGCAAGAGAAGAAGAAACUGGGAAAGCCAUCUAAGGUAAUUCUGCCCAUCCAGUUUGAGAAAGACUAAUGUAGUAACAUGAGGAAAAGAAAAGGCGAUGCUGCAGAAGUUUGAGAACCAGUAGUUGAGGAAGUGGCCACUGAGGAAGCAGAAGUUUGGAAAAAAAAAAUGAGACAAGCGUUAGCUUGAUUUACAGCUCUGAUCCCAUGAAUUCAGGCUGUUGACAUGACUGCAUGGAAAAUCCAGAGUGUAUACAGAGUAUAUCAGUUCUAUGGAGGGGGAAGAAGUUUAACAUAGAAAUGAGUUCAGGUGCUACUCUUAAGGAGCUUGGGCUCAAACUGCAAAAAAUGACAGAUGUCAAAGCAGAUACCAUGCGGCUUAUUGUUCCAAAAUCUUCCAACAAAUCAUCGAAGCUGUUGUCUCCUUUCUCUGAUGAGCAGGCAUUCUUAAGUUUGGAAGAAACUUCUAUUACAAAGGGCAAGUCAAUCAGAAUGAUGGGAGUGCCUGAAACAGAGGUUGAAGAAGUUCUAGAAAAUGCAAAAGCAAACUUGAGGAUAGCUGGAUUUGAAGAAGAGGAAAAGAGACUGAGGCAGCGCAUGUCUCAUAGGCCUCAUGCUUCACUGAAGCUUCCACAAGGACCUUAUAUCUUUUGUGAUUUUCGCACACUUGAGAUCCCAGGAGUAGAGUUGAAUCCUCCAGCUUCAGAGGCAUUAAAAAGAAUGCACAUGCUUGCCGCAGAUCCUGGAAUUGUGGCUAUUAUGAACAAGCAUCGUUGGCGCAUAGGUAUUAUGACCGAGAUGGCCCCCAUUGGUUAUGUUGGCAUAAGUCCCAAAUGCAUUCUCGGUUUUAACAAGAAUCAUGGAGAGGAGAUCUCUCUGCGUCUUAGGACCGAUGAUCUUAAGGGCUUCAGGAAGUAUGAAAGCAUCAAGAAAACCCUUUUGCAUGAACUUGCUCACAUGGUAUACUCUGAACAUGAUGCAGACUUUUAUGCUCUGGAUAGUCAGUUAAACCAAGAGGCUGCUAGUUUAGAUUGGACAAGAUCAAGUAGUCGCACAUUAAAUGGAGUCCGGAAUUCAGAACAUUAUGAGGAGGAUUUUAUUGGAGAUGGUAGUAAUUCUCCUCGGAAGCUUGGAGGGAGCAUCUCAGAUCAGCUUGCAAGUGCUCGUGCAUCUUCAGUUGCUGCUGCUUAUCGCCGUUUAGCAAAUGAUUCUGUGAACAGUUUUGUAGAAUCUGUGGUAAAUGAAGAACCGGACCCUGAUGAUUCUGGGUUCAAUACACAUGAAGAACCUGCUUCUAUUGAUUUGAUAGAAAAAGAAAACUUGGAUAUUCAGUUUCCAAAUGAAGCAGAGAGAAAACCUGUUUAUGAGCCCGAUCCUGAUGAUUCUCAGGGUGGUGGAACUUUAGAGUCUAAAUUUUUUCCAGAAUUUACUGGAAGCAGGACUUUACUUGGACAAGAUUUCAGUAACUCUGGGCCGACACAACUCUUGCUGCCUUCAGAAACUAAUAGGAAGUUGGGAACCACAAAGUUGCAUGAAGAACCUGAUCCUGAUGAGUCUCAGGAGAUGGAGAUUCUGGACAGUGAAAUUCAAACAAUGAAAAACAUUGAAGAACUUGAUCCUGAUGACUCUCAAGCAAAUGGAGUUGUUCAUCCAGAGCCUGAUCCCGAUGAUAAUUUGGUGUAUCCACUGGGAGUAUCUAGAACACAAACCUAUGAACCAGAUCCAGAUGAUCAAGAACUACAAAGAAUCCAUGAUCCUGUUACUGUUGUUUGUCGUCGUCUAGAAAAGGCCAUUGAGAUGCUGCGAGUUGAAGUUACUCCUGUGGAAGCUACUGCAGUCCUACAAACUCUGUUUAAGAUAAUUAGGAACGUGAUCGAAAAUCCGGAUGAGAUGAAAUACAAAAGGCUACGUAAGGCUAAUCCCAUAAUCCAAAGGAAUGUUGCAAAUUAUCAAGCUGCAAUGGAAAUUCUUUCUUUGAUUGGUUUCAAUGAAGACAUAGUUUUGGAUGAGAUUGGGAAAGCAGAAACCUAUCUAGUUUUGAAGCGGAAUGAUCCAGGCUUAUUGUGGCUUGCAAAGUCUUCCCUUGAAACUUGCAUUGCUUUCUAGUUGCAGACGUGCAAAGUAGUUGAGAAACAUAUCAAAACACUGAAGGUGCCAUUACCAUGAAAUACAGGAUUGUAUGUUUGGUGUUGUAAACUUGUACUGUGUCAAGUAAAGUUUGUAGAUAAAAGGAUUGUUUUGGGAGUCCAAUAGCUGAUAUGGUUGCUGCAUUUCUGUCUAUUUAUGGAAGCUCUUGACAUUUAUACAGAAAUCAAUGUUAUAAACGUAAAUGGAUGAGUGGUUGCAAGUUUUAUUGUA